AUAUAAUUUACUUUUUAUCUAUGGUUUAAAGUUAAAAAUCUGAAACAAAGUAAAAAUAACGACUAAAAAUUACAUACACAUAAUUAUUAUAUUUAAAGCGGUGUUUAAUGGCAGCAGGGCCGGGCAAGUGAUAGAGCUAUGCUCGGAACCAGUCAUAUCUAGGCGAAAAGUUGAUUUUCUCCUGAUGAUAUCUGUGUUUAAUCGGUGAAUUGAUCGAAUAUUGUGUUCUUUAACAUUGUUAGCAUUUAUGUCGCGUGCUUUGGAAUAUAUGGUGUUCACUGUGACAGGUAUUCCGUGCGAUAACUAUCUUGAACAACCCUGCACAACGACUCGCACCCAGUGCGCUGUUUUUAGCUCAACGGAGCAAAAAGUGCUCAAGAAUAUGGCAGAAUCUAAGACGUUGUAUCCAGCAGUUGGCUCUUACGGUCCGUGUGCCGUCAAAGGUCUGAAAGUCGGGGAGACCAAGAAAUGGUGUACCUGCGGUCUCAGCAGCAAGAAACAGCCCUGGUGUGACGGCUCACAUAAAGGCACCGGUUUCAAAUCCAUGAAAUUUACGGUGGAAAAAGAACAGGAAGUGUUAUAUAUCUGCAACUGCAAGCAGACGAAAACUCCGCCAUAUUGUGACGGCUCACACACCAGCGCACCAGAAAUAGUCGAGAAACGCAAGAACGCAUGCGCAAAGAAAGAUGGUCAUGUGAAGGAUUGCAAACUGUGCACGAACUGCGGUUGGGUGCCCGACUUUUAAAGGGACCGUGUCUCUGCAAAUGUGUGACCCCGCCGUGUGACAACAUGGACGUUUUAUAGAAAAGGGUUAAUGACAGUACAGCAUCGGUUCCGAAUUGAGUGUUUAAGUGAUAUAUGAUGAUAUAACACCCUCUUAUCCAGAUUGCUAUUUUACGGACGUGUGUUUAAAUCAGUAUGUUUAUAAGCAAUAAUUACGCACAGUGUUAAUAUAUACAUUCAACCAUAAACCACGUCCUUGCUUAAUCAGUUAUCACAUCUCAUCAUUAAUAACAUUUGUUAUUAAUCAAGGAAUUACCCCUCUGUGCACAUUGAUGGUGGCCACAAAUACGUAAUACUUUUCUUGUAAAUAUGGGAAGCUGGAACCUUUUAUAAAUAAAGAAAAAUCCAA